GGAGAUAUUUCUUGUUGAAUUCAGCAGUGUGUUGCAAUCCGUUUGAAAGAACUUGUCAAACUUGAUAAUAUUUUUUUCCAAUUUCAAAAUGCGACUAUUGGCGUCACUGUGUGUACUAGUUUUCUUCGUGGCUUACACAACCAUAGCAGCGGAAGAAGCCGAAGAAAUUUCUCUCCUCGUUCAAGACCCACGACUUUUCGCAACGACGACUGCUACAACGAUUGUAUCAACGACCAUCACAUCCACGAUCCCGUGUACCUCUGGUGCAUUCGCUGGACUCGUAGAUCAAGCGGCCAUCAAUGCUCUAACUAAAUGUUCCAUCAAUCUCGGUCGCCGUAGACGCGGUAUUCUACUUGAAGGAGAUGAGGACGAGCAAUUCUCCAUUUCUCCGUCUGCUACUCAAGGAGUCGAAGCUACACAAGAGGCGCUGUCCAUUCGGGAAGGUCGUGCUGCUGACCCGCAAUAUUUGGUGCUAUCUCCAUUUGGCUUCCAACCGCAGAUUCAAGCUGGAUUCCAUGGCAGUCCAUUCAACUAUUAUCCUUAUGGGGCCUUGCCUUAUAAAUACGUCAAACCUGUUGAAGGCCAGCAACGCGCUUUUGGCACGACAAUCAGCAGCGUGUUUAAUGCGCUGGUUCCGUCCAAUUUGAAAGGGACUUCCACGUCGACAAUUUUCUCGACUUUCUUCACCGUCGUCACUUCAAAAUCGACUGCCACCUGCAGCCCACCACCAAACGUCCUUCGAUGCGAUUCACGUUAAACGUCGAUUCUGACCAACUCCCACAUCUUAAUAGAAGUUCUGGAAACACUUUUUAGCUUCAUUUAUCGAGCAAAAAAGCCAUUUUUUUUUCAUUCCUACAAGUGUAACAACAUAACGUUGCAUAAUUUAAUACACGUUCUUGCAAAGUUA